GAUGAGGCCCAGCACGAGGAAGCAAAAGCUGACGUGAGCGACACCGACGCUCGAACAAGAGCGGCGACGGCCGGCCGGCGGCAUGCAAGAAGCUCAGCAAUGGCGGCAGCAAGCGCUGUGAUGCCGCUCCCAAAUCCACCGCCUCCCCGCCCCCCACCUCUGGCCACCGACAAUCCCCAACACGAGCGGGACGCCCCGACCACCUCCUCCCUCCGCGCGCUCUUCCUCCGCGCCGUCGACCCGUCCCGCCCCGCGUCCUGGUCGGCGGCCGUCGCCGACCUUCUCUCCUCCGGUGACGCGGUUGCGGCUCUCGCCACGUUCGCAGCCGCCGUCCGGGCGAACCCGGCCGCGCUCCUCCCGGCCCUGCCGCCGGCCCUACGCGCGGCCGCCGCCGCCACCUCCCUCGCCGCCGGCCGCCAGCUGCACCUCCUCGCCCUCCGCUCGGGCCUGUUCCCCUCUGACCCGUAUUCCGCCUCCGCUCUCCUCCACAUGUACCACCACUGCUCCCGCCCCAUGGACGCCCGUAGGGCGUUCGACGAAAUCCCUGACCCCAAUCCUGUCACCGUAACCGCGAUGGCCUCUGGCUACCUACGCAACAAUCUCGUCUACCACUCGCUCGAUCUCUUUCGUGCCAUGAUUACAUCGGUUUCUGUUUCAGUGGUCGAUGAGGCGGCCGCCCUCGUGGCGUUCUCUGCUUCUGCCCGUCUCCCUGACCGGGGUGUUACUGCCAGCCUCCACGCGCUUAUUGCAAAGAUUGGAUUGGAAAGGAAUGCUGGGGUGGUCAACACAAUGCUAGAUUCGUACGCUAAGGGUGGCCAUCAUGAUUUGGAGGCAGCCAGGAAGGUGUUUGAUACAAUGGAAAGGGAUGUGGUGUCCUGGAAUUCUAUGAUUGCUCUGUACGCACAGAAUGGUAUGUCAGCAGAAGCAAUUGGGUUGUAUAGCGAGAUGCUGAAUGUUGGUGGAGGAAUUAGAUGCAAUGCUGUGGUGUUGUCGGCGGUGCUACUGGCUUGUGCACAUGCAGGGACAAUACAGACUGGAAAGCGUGUUCAUAAUCAGGUGGUAAGGAUGGGUUUGGAGGAAAAUGUCUAUGUUGGUACUUCUCUAGUUGAUAUGUACAGUAAGUGUGGAAGAGUUGAAAUGGCAAAUAAGGCCUUCCGAAAAAUCAAGGAAAAGAACAUCCUUUCCUGGUCUGCCAUGAUUACUGGUUAUGGCAUGCAUGGUCAUGGACAAGAAGCCCUUGAGGUUUUUGCUGAGAUGAAAAGAUCAGGUCUAAGGCCUAACUACAUAACGUUUAUCUCGGUUUUAGCUGCUUGCAGUCAUGCUGGUCUUUUGGAUGAGGGCCGUCAUUGGUAUAGUGCCAUGAAGCAAGAAUUUGGUAUUGAACCUGGUGUGGAGCACUAUGGUUGUAUGGUAGAUCUCCUUGGUCGUGCUGGUUGUCUGGAUGAAGCUUAUGGCCUUAUUAAAGAAAUGAAGGUCAAACCCGAUGCUGCUUUAUGGGGAGCUCUUCUUAGUUCAUGCCGCAUACACAAAAAUGUUGAGCUUGCAGAAAUAUGUGUAAAAAGGUUGUUUGAAUUGGAUGCAACCAAUAGUGGAUAUUAUGUUCUGUUGUCCAAUAUAUAUGCAGACGCUGGAAUGUGGAAAGAUGUGGAACGAAUAAGACUUCUGGUUAAAACAAGAGGAAUAGAAAAGCCUCCAGGGUAUAGCUCAGUUGAGUUGAAAGGUAAAACCCAUUUGUUUUAUGUUGGUGACAAGAGUCAUCCUCAGCACAAGGAGAUAUAUUCUUAUUUGGAGAAACUGCUUGAAAGAAUGCAAGAAGCAGGCUAUGUGCCAAACACAGGUUCUGUUCUUCAUGAUUUGGAUGAAGAGGAGAAAGAGUCUGCAUUGCGAAUCCAUAGUGAAAAGCUUGCUGUUGCUUUUGCUCUAAUAAAUUCUGUCCCAGGAUCAGUGAUCCAUAUAAUAAAGAAUCUCCGGGUCUGCAGUGAUUGCCAUACAGCAAUGAAGUUCAUUACCAAGAUCACUGGACGAGAAAUUAUCAUCAGAGAUUUACAGCGGUUCCAUCGCUUCAAGGAUGGAUUAUGCUCUUGUCGGGAUUAUUGGUGACAAUGCACUAAAGGGCUUAGUUUUGUGAUUCCGUCUCUGUAGUCAUAAUGUCGCUGUUUAAUCUUUAUACUAGACAACAUCCCUUUAAGCUAGUGAUGUCGUAAAGUCGGUGGAUUCGGGAUAACGGCAGUAUCUCAAGUUCAUUGCUUGCUAGAACAGCCAGAAAUAUCUACAUGGUGUAACUGAAGGUUGGUGAAUUUUCGGGUGCACCAAAUGGUACAUCUUAUGCCUUCAUUUGAAAGACAAGAAUGUGAAUCAUGAUAUGACAGAGAUGCAUAAUAACCGUUCUGAAUCUGUUCAACCAUUCAUGAAGACUAGGAGGCUAACUGCAUUUUGGAGUACGUGAAUUUUGUCACCAUGGGGGCAAUAUUUUUCGUGUACAUCUGUUGGACACAUAGCAUGCCUUGAUAUUUGAUGGUCAUCACAAGUACUACUGCAACUUCAGCAUGGAUUUGUUCAGUCUAGAGUUCUACUCCGGAGACACAUGGGAUGCCUUGAUAUUUGAUGGUCAUGCUUGUUGAAGCUGAUGUUUUUUGCGCCAAUGUUUUAAAAAGUGACUGCUUAUAUGGCCUUGACUGUAAGUACUAAGGACUUCACGGAACUGUAUUACCCAUUGUAUUGAACUUGUAAAAGGAACACAAGACAAGUUAUUGAUUUAUAUUACAACAUAUAUUGACGAGGGCUAUUUGCGAUUGGUUUGCUCAGUAAAGGCGAAAGAAAUUUUGAUGCAAAUUUUCAUUUUUUUUACUUAUUUUUAGAAAAUUUUGAUUAAGCUAUGCUUUA